AUGAAGCUGCGAAUUGCGGCACUGCACACCCAACUGCCACCCCUGAUUCGGCAAGAAAUCAAAUCAAGCGAUCGACGCGGGCUCCAGUGGAUUGAUGUUGUCGAGGACAAGUUCAACUACAACCUGGACCACUUUGUCAUCCCCGACCACUACCAGCACGAUGUGAAGAGCAUUCUGAUCCCCCACGGUCUCAUCAUGGACCGCAUUGCCAAGCUGGCUCAGAUCAUCACCUCCGAGUACGACAACGAGCGCAUUACUGUGUGCUGUGUGCUCAAGGGCGGCCACCAGUUCUUCAGCGACCUGAUCAACUACAUGAAGAAGGCCCUCAACAAGCAGGGCAAGACUCUGCCCCUGACCCUCGACUUUGUGCGCGUCAAGAGCUACGAGAACGACCAGUCUACCGGCGAUGUCCGGAUUUCGUGGACCGAGAAGGAGCUCAAGGAGCUCAAGGGCAAGAAUCUGCUGCUUGUCGAGGAUAUCAUCGACACGGGCAACACAAUGAAGAAGCUGCUGGCCACGCUCGACAAGUACGAGCUCAAGUCGCUCAAGGUCGCCUCGCUGCUGCUCAAGAAGACCCCGCUGUCGUGCGGCUACGUGCCCGACUAUGUCGGCUUCGCUGUCCCCGACCUGUUUGUCGUUGGCUACUGCCUCGACUACAACGACAUCUUCCGCGACCUCGACCACAUUCUGCGCUAUCAGUGA